AGGAGAACACGUACGAUGUCAAACUGUUUCGUUUAAUGCAGUCGUGAAACUGACGGGGCCCGCUUACCGCGUUGAAUGGCGGAUUUGUCACAGCGAGAAAAAGAAAAAAGUGUGCACAAUUCUCAAAUCAAUCGACUGAAGAAUUGAGGAUUAGCAGCACAGCCUGCGGAAGGGAUGAUCUAAGAAGAAAAGCACGAGUGCAGGCGGCAGAAACGGAUAAUCCUUGAACUCGAUUAAGUCGGUCUGUACUCGACGUUUUGGUGAUUUUGUCAGAUGUGUGGCUCGUACUGUAAGGAAUCACGGAGACGGCUGCAGAGGGAUGGAUAAAUCGCUUGGACAUGAGGAGUUUCGAAAGCUGGGCGGCGUAGAUCUCUCGCUGGACGUGUAUGAAAGGGUAAAGAAGGGUGCAGCUCUCGAGUCUAUGAAUAUUCAGCCGUCCCGUGGUGUCGAUUGUUGGACGAGUCGCGGAUCUAGUUUAUGAACCCCGUGCUCCAAAUUCUCGACUGAGCUGACGAUCGGAAGGAGGGGUAUGGGAUUCCCACAUCUUUAUCAAGCUCGAGGGUGUUUGAAACCGGCAGUGCACCCUAUAAAUUCGACCAGCUUGAGUACACCAUCUCCGCUUCGAAUCCCAUCUAAAUUGACAGUCCGAAUUCAUCGGCCGCUGCAGCCCCAGAUCUCAAGUCCUUGAGGCUGUCAGACAGGAAUCACAGGGUUUGCCCGAUAGAAAAAAGGUUGCAGAGAUUUCUUCAAACCUGUUGCGGGUGUGCAAGAUGGACAAGGUACAAGUGAGAAGUCUGUCAGCCAUCUGCGUGACGAUAGUCGCGCUCGUUAUGCUGGCUUUCUACAACUGGACAGUAAUUCAGGAUCAAAUUUUCUACACCGUGGUCAGUCUGCAGGAGACACAUCAGCCAGGCUCCGGGGCCAGGUACGUGGAGCAGCCGAAAACUGCGCAGGAGUUGAUCCAAAGACUCAGGAACACGACGAGGAGUAUCGGUUUAGGGACCACGUACGGGAUGAACAUGAGUGCUACGGAGCUGGAAGACUGGCAGGCCGCCAAUCCUUGUUUGAGCAGGUCGGAACUCAUUCCCAUGUACGCCGAGAGAAAAGUUGCCAAGUCUCUGCCUCCCAAUCCGGUCUGGGACGAAUUGUUCGCAGAAUACUCAAGGUAUCACAGAGUUUGCACCAAAUCGAUUCGAGAUCCCAAAGGCUACUUUGCAAAGAAGGAUGACAGCUCUCCCUGCAAAUUCUUAGUGGCAGAUGUGGCCUUCGGCACGGGGCUGGGAAACAAGAUGUUCACUCUGGCGUCGGGAAUCCUCUACGCGAUCAUGACUCAGCGGGUGCUCCUCGUUCCCACGACGAACUUGGUGCCAGAAUUCACUUGCGAGCCCUUUCCUGGAUCUUCAUGGCGCUUGGAUCCCGAGACCUUUCCCACUCCGCCCGAGCAGUUUGUUACAGGUGAUGGCUCCUGGAUACUGGACGCAGAGUUCUCCGACAGAGUCGACCGGGCGAUGAAGAGAGAACCGAAGGUGAACGGGACCAGUCUCGGGCCUUUGGCCUACGCCGUGGGAGUCACGAGACACGAGUGGCAGCCCAAGGGCAGAUUCUACUGCGACACAGAGCAGAGGGCCUAUUCUCAGAGCAUCUGGAUGUACACGUCCGGAUGCAUCUACACGAUUCCGAAGCUCUUCGCGAUUCCUUCGUUCCGGCCCGUCUUGGAGGGCCUGUUUCCCGAUCGCAUGGCCAUGACGCGAGUGGUAAGAUCGCUCCUGCUUCCCGAUAACACAGUGUGGGAUCGAGUGAGAAGAAUUCACCAUGUUUACUUGUCCGGUGCGGAUCGGCAGCUGGGCCUGCAAGUGAGGUACCGAGAUGGACGCGAGAUGUACAACAAGAUGAACGACGUGGUGAACAAGCGGAUCACGGAUUGCGCUCUGGAGAAUGGCCUUCUUCCGAGACUGACUUCCGAGCUGAAUUCGAAGCUGCUCGCGGCCACCAACACUUCUGCGCCGAAUCCUGUGGUGAAAGUGUUCAUUGCGUCUCUGUUCCCCGGCGUGCACGAGAGCCUGUCAAAGCUGUAUGUGCUCAAGCCUACCGUUUCCGGGGAGGAUGUGGGGCUGGUGCAAAUUACGCAGGAUGAAACACAGGAGUUCAGUUUGGAGGCGGAUAGACAGGCAUUUACAGAGGUGAUUCUGCUGAGUCUGUCGGACCAUCUGAUGGUUACUCCCAUGUCCACGUUCGGAGGUUUGGCUCAGAGUUUUGGGGCGCUCACUCCCUGGUUCAUCGACUACAGAUCAGAAUCCUCCACGUCCUGUGAGCGCAGCCCGACGGUGGAAGUUUGUAAUCAGUUCUCGAUCAAAGAAUACUCCUGCCCCCAUGAUUCGGAUGUCAAUGGGCAGCGAAUCGAUCAGGUCGUCGACUACAUCAAGGACUGUCCAGUAAUAGACCAUGAUCUGGGUAUUCAAUUGAUUACGGAUUUCGAGAGUUAGGCCUGUACAUCAACUUUCCGAGAGCACGUUAUUUCUUCGAUUUUGCUAGCAUGGAUCUCGUCAUCUUCACGACCCGAGAGAAUCAUGAUCCUUCUCCAUGAUUCCUCGUGCUCUGUAAAGAUUAUUCGGUGUCAUCACUGGUUCCAAUGCAUGAAAUUCCUUCAUGUAAUAGUUCUUGGUGGCGGGCUUUCCACGUAUUAUGCUGUCAACGUCCUGAUGCUCAGCCGAUGUACAAAACAGAGACACUAUAGAAUGAGUUUUAGGAAGUGAAAAUCCGACAGGGUCACAACACUCACAUCUCGAAGCAUUCAUUUCCUCCCAGGCUAAAAUCCAAAUGUGUACAGAGAGGUAUUUACUCGACUUGAAGUAAUAGAAAAAUCUGAAGAGGGUUUUGUUUGUGGA